AUGAAGAGUCGAGCGAGCACCCCGAAGGUGUCACAACCUAUCGACAUUGUGUCGUAUUUGACGCCGCCCGCGAAUAGGCCGAAUAUCAAGCUACCUCGCUUGCCGGCCGAAUAUGAGCCGCAGCUGCAGAGCUUGCAGUCGCACUUUAAUGACCAUGAUUUGAAGCUUGAUGUGAAGGAGACGACGGGGUAUGAGGAAGCUGGCGCGCCCGAGGUGGAGAAGCGGGGACUGGACGAGAGGGAGAUGAUGUAUUUGUCGCGAGAGACAUUUGUACGGUACCUGCUGGGUGAGGCUUUCUCCUAUCAAUCGAUUCCGCAGCAAGCUAAUCGUACAGGCAAAGGUAUCGUCCUCGGCUUUACACCAGACUCUCAACCUAUUGUGUACUCGUUUAUCAACCGGAAUCCUACACCGGUCAAUGAGCGUCGAGGGGUAGAUACGACCUUCAUGAUAGAAAGAGCUACUGAUCUGAUGGUCGACGGUGUCAGCGAGUGCCUAGUCAUCUUCCAAUACGGCGGAGAGAAACUUGGCGAGUCCUCGACACUGAGUACCACCCGAGACAUGCUCAACAUCAUCUCGUCACACUACCCUCACAAAUUCUCCUUAUCAGCUUUCCAGGGCAUGCCAUGGCUCGUCCGGACAGCCACAAACGUCGUUUGGCCUUUCGUCGACAUCGGCCUGAGAGAAAGGGUCAAGUAUGACAAGGACUUAGUAGGAGAUGGGGAUGUCGUAAAGGAGGUGCUACUGAAGCAAUGCGGAGGGGGUCUUGAUUACACGUAUGAUCACGAGCAGUAUUGGGACACCUUGAUCAGGGUGUGCAUGGAGCGCCGGAAGGAUGCGCUGGAGAGAUGGCGGGCUUUAGGGGAGAAGCGGACGGGGAGGGAGGAGAAGCUGUUCAAGGUCAGGCCAGGGGUUCACGCUUGA